AUGGCAAAACACAACAUUAGCCUUCUGUUUGGCAUCGUGCUGUCAUUGCUUUUCUUCAUCAUCACUGUGGUGUUCAAUGCUCUAGCAGGACCAGGAAUAUACCCUUUCUUGUAUAGCACAGGCAACAUUUCAGAUGAGUUUACAACCCAGAUUACACCAUCAGGAUGGACCUUUUCUAUCUGGUCGGUCAUUUACGCCUUUCUGGCUUCGGUGUUGGCUUAUGUCCUCUCUGGCCUUUAUAGGAAAAAUGCUUACGGCUACGUGUACUGCAGCCCUGCUAUUUUGCCACAUGGAUUUUUUUUAACUUGGUGCCUGAAUAUGGGAUUCAACAUUGGAUGGUUGUUUCUUUGGGACAGGAGGCUGAUGCCUGCUGCACUGGCCUUCCUCAUCCUGAUCGCCUUCACUAACUACGUCAUGAUAUUCUUCUCUUGCAAUGGACUUCAUGUUUACGGAGCCUGGCUCAACAAAUACCACAAAGUGGACCUGUGGCUCCUCCGUGUGUUGAUACAGAAUGGUAUUGCCAUAUAUGCAACAUGGACAACCAUUGCAUCUUUAAUUAACCUGAAUAUUGUUUUGACCACUGAAGCAAACAUGUCCCAAAUGAAUGCUGCCAUUGUCUCACUCUCUGUUUUGACUGUGGUGCUGUUUGUUUGGUUUAUCCUGGAAAAUGGUGUCCUUGACAAAUAUGUGCGGUACAUUCUCAGUAUUUACCCUGUUGUGAUCUGGGCGCUGACAGGGGUAUACACCAAAAACUAUGACGCCGAAGCUCAGAGCCCCAGUGACAUCUUCAUUGUUGCGCUGUUGGCUUCAGCCUGUGUCUUGUGCGCCACACGCAUUGUUUUAGUCAUCUGGAAACACAUCAAAAAGCCACUUUACGAAGAUGUCAGCCCAGAGGUCAUGACGCCAAUGGAGAUCGCUGAGAAGCAAAGAAAAAUAUUUAAAUGA